AUGGCUCUGCCUCUGCCUUUGCCCCUGCCCCUGCCUUGGGACUCGCUGCCCAAGCUGCAGGACAUCUCCUUACCGAAGGAGCAGCUGCAGAGCCUGCAGUGCAGGGCGGAGGCCGAGGUGCCCGGCGUGGGGCAGGAUGGCUCUCUGCUGGCCUCGCCCUUCCUGGCAGGCUACCUGAUCGCCAAGCUCCGCUUCUCAGCCGUGCUGGGCUUCGUGGCUGGCACCUGCACUGGCAUCUACGCCGCCCAGAUCUACGCCAUGCCCAAGGUGGAGCAGACAGUGCGGGACUUCAUCAGCUCCCUGGGCAGAGGCCGGGGCUAG